AAAAAUAUAUACUUGUAUUAUGUGAUUAGGGUUAGUGUUGAACACUAUAAAUAUAGAAAACAAGAAGAGAAGACUUUUAAUUUAAAAGAAGAGAUGAAAAGAAAGAGAGAACUAAUGGCAAAAGAAACUGAGAUUAAGUCUGCUAUUCAAGAGCUUUCUUUGAUUAACAAGCUUAUCAACAAUGGUAAUGGCGAUUCGAGUUCACCGUCUUCUGUUGUUGCUGCCACUGUCGUCGUUGCUGCUGUUUCCGAACAACAACGACGUGUUCUUUCCUACAUACCCACUAGCUCUUUUCUAUCUCUUUGCACCUUAAUUGUUCAAGUUCUAGAUAAGAUAGGGCCGACGAUGGUUGUGCUGAGACAAGAUAUAUUCAAGAACAUUCAGAGAUUGGAGAUGCUUAGUGAUUCAGACCCGGCAACGUAUUCAAAUUUGGUAGAAAUAUUAAACAAAGAAGCAGUUGAACGAAAUGCCAAAAAGGGGAAUAGUUGUAGCAAAGCUUUGCUUUGGCUCACCAGGUCGUUAGACUUGAUGGCUGCACUGCUUCAACAUGUUGCAAUAGAACCAAGGGCAAACAUAGAACAAAUUGUUGGAAAUUCAUACGAGAUGACCUUGAAACCUUGGCAUGGAUGGAUUUCAGCAACUGCUUAUAAAGUAGCCUUGAAACUUUUGCCUGAUACAAAUACACUUAUAAGCCUGUUAAUGGGCAAAGGUGAUAACUUUGACACUCUCAGAGAUGAAAUCCAAGUAUUACUUUCUUUACUCGUGCCUCUCCUACAACAACUUCACUCCACUCUUGACUUAUAUGGACUGGAUAAACUCAAGUCUACCUGAGGAAAUGCGUUCGAUCCACAUGCAAAUUAAAUACUACGGAGUAGAAAUUACUAUUGUACAUAAUUACCCUUGUUCUUUUUAUACCUUUUCCAUAUUCUAUCUUAUCGAUCACUUUAUUUUACUCCCUCUGUAUUACAAAUCUAGAGCGUAUGAGGCUGUCAAUCUAUGAUUCUGCAUUCUAUUAAUUAAUGUAGAUCGUGCUCUUAAUUA